AUUAUGCUGCUUUUGUUCUUCAAAUAUCUUUCAAAAGCAGCUCUAGUUUGACAUGGGUAAUUGCUGGGGAUCUUUUUCCAAAGAGGCUAAUCCUACUACUCCUAGUAACACCUCCAUCAACAAUCCUACAACCCCAGGUCUGUCAAAUAAUUAUAGCCACACUACAGAGAUAUCAGUCACUAGUAGUAGUGCAGGCAAAAGUCAAUUUUCUGAGGCUGUUAGUGAAGGUGGAGAGGAGGCAAGUGCAAAUGGGCAAAUUUUGGAGACGCCAAACUUGAAAGUGUUCAGUUUUGCAGAUUUGAAGGUUGCAACUAAGAACUUCAAGUCUGAUACUUUGUUAGGGGAAGGUGGUUUUGGGAAAGUUUUCAAAGGUUGGAUAGAUGAGAAGACAUUAGCUCCUUCUAAAAGUGGUAUUGGAAUGGUGGUUGCCAUCAAGAAAUUGAACCCAGAAAGUAUGCAAGGGUAUCAAGAAUGGCAGUCAGAGGUUAACUUUCUGGGAAGACUUUCUCAUCCCAACCUUGUCAAGCUAUUGGGAUACUGUUGGGAGGAUAAAGAGCUGCUCCUUGUGUACGAGUUCAUGCAGAAGGGAAGUUUGGAAAAUCAUCUUUUCAGAAGAAAUCCCUCCAUUGAACCACUAUCUUGGGAUAUUCGGCUUAAAAUUGCCAUCGGAGCAGCUCAAGGACUGGCUUUUCUACAUGCUUCAGAGAAGAAAGUCAUUUACCGAGACUUCAAGGCCUCAAAUAUACUGCUUGAUGGGAACUACAAUGCGAAAAUAUCAGAUUUUGGCUUGGCGAAAUUGGGGCCUGCUGGUGGAGAGUCCCAUGUCACAACGAGGGUUAUGGGCACAUAUGGUUAUGCUGCUCCAGAAUAUAUUGCAACGGGUCAUUUGUAUGUUAAGAGUGAUGUAUAUGGCUUUGGAGUUGUGCUGCUCGAAAUGUUGACGGGUUUAAGGGCACUUGAUACAAAACGCCCCACUGGAGAGCAAAAUUUGGUUGAGUGGAUGAAGCCAAUGCUCUCUCAGAAAAAGAAGCUGAAAACCAUAAUGGAUGCACGGAUAGAGGGCCAAUACUCAACCAAGGCAGCACAACAGGCAGCACAGCUUGCUCUAAAAUGCCUAGAGGCAGAUCCUAAACACCGUCCCUCCAUGAAAGAAGUUGUGGAAACUUUGGAACGUUUUGAAGCAAUUAAGGAAAAGCCAAAGAAAGUGUUUAGCUCUUCACGUCCUACUACUAAACACGGUGCUCAACCACCUUCUCAUCUUCGUUCACCCCUUCACUCAAAGCACCGUGUCAAAACAUGAGCUCGAAAAUGAAUCACACGUAAAGGUAACAAGACAAAACCCAAAAUUUUACAUUGGGACAAAAGCAUGUAUGCCUUUUCUCUUCUAUAAGUUGUUACUUUAUCAACCUUCAUUCUUUUAGCUGUCUAUUACAAAAGCAUGUGUGCUCCCUGAGAUUAUGUAGUAAAACCAGAAAAUUUAUUGUCUGAUGUAAAUGUGAAGGUUCUGGAGAAAUCUCAAUUGUUCAGUUUUAUCUGCAUUUCUUAUUUGUGCAGCACACAGGCUGAAAAGUUGAGUAAUCCAUGUGUGUGUGUAUAUACGUUAUGUCAAAAAUUUGAAUGUCUUUACUUAAAUCUGGGCCAUUCAUAAA